UCCCGCCCCACCCCCCAGGCCUGGUCCCUCCGCCCCAUCCCAGAGCACAGCUUUGUCCAUGCGACCCCUGCCUUGCCAUCCCUCGGACCUGGACCCACCUCCCAUGCCACCCAGGUUCCACCCCAGGGGAGCACCCUGGGACCCUGGGGGGUUGAUGAGCCACCAUACUCAGGUGCACCUCUGACUCCAGAGCUGUGCCAGGUGCCCUCAGGGGCCAUCCCCUGUGGAGUGGGAAGAAGUUCAAAGGAAGCCUGCCAGCAGGCUGGCUGCUGCUAUGACAACAGCAGAGAGAUUCCCUGUUACUAUGGCAACACAGCAACUGUCCAGUGCUUCAGAAAUGGCCACUUUGUCCUGGUGGUGUCCCAAGAAACCGCCUUGGCGCAUGGGAUCACGCUGGCCAACAUCCACAUGGCCUAUGCCCCCACAGGCUGCUCCCCCACCCAGGAGACCGGGUCCUUCGUGGUCUUCCGCUUCCCCCUCUCCCACUGUGGGACCACAGUCCAGGUGGCUGGCAACCAGCUUGUCUAUGAGAAUCAGCUGGUGUCUGACAUCGAGGCUUGGACGGGGCCACAGGGCUCCAUCACUCGGGACAGCACCUUCCGGCUUCACAUGCGCUGCAUCUUCAACGCCAGUGAUUUCCUGCCGCUCCAGGCAUCCGUCUUCCCGCCACCCUCUCCAGCCCCUGUGACCCAGUCCGGGCCCCUGCAUCUCCAGCUUCGGAUCGCCAAGGAUGAGACUUUCCGCUCCUUCUAUGAGGAAGGGGACUACCCCCUCGUGAGGCUGCUGCGUGAGCCUCUACCGGUGGAGGUCCGGCUCCUGCACAGGACAGACCCCGGUCUGGUCCUGCUGCUGCACCAGUGCUGGGCCACUCCCGGGGCCAGCCCCUUCCAGCAGCCUCAGUGGCCCAUCCUGUCCGACGGGUGUCCUUUUGAUGGUGACAGCUACAGGACCCAACUGGUAGCCUUGGACGGGGCAGAGCUGUCCUUCCCAUCCCACUACCGGCGCUUCACCGUUGCCACCUUCACCCUCCUGCACCCUGGCUCGCAGAGGGCCCUCAGGGGAUGGGUUUACUUCUUCUGCAGCGCCUCUGCCUGCUCCCCUGCGGGGCUGGAGACGUGCCCCACUAUGUGCAGCUCUGGGCCCUCGAGACAGCGACGGUCCUCUGCUGCCCACGGCACUGCUGCUGGGCCCCAGAACCUUGUGAGCUCUCCAGGGCCCGUGGGCUUUGAGGAUUCUUACAGGCAGGAGCCUGCACUGGGGCCCACAGGCUCCCCCAGGAACGUCAACCAGAGGCCUCUCCUCUGGGUGGUCCUUCUGCUGGCGGCUGUUGCCCUGGUCCUAGGGGUCGGUGUUUUCGUGCGCCUGCACCAAGCCAAGCGCAGAAGCUCCAGGAAGGCCACCGAGGGUGAAGGGGCUCAAUAA